CUCACAUCCAUGGUUGUCCUGAGAAUUAGGAGUGUGCACAAACGAAAGUAUGCACUCAUCAGCCUGUGCAUCGUUGCUUUCAUUGUGUACAGAUACCUCAGCAUGCCAGCAGGGGGACGCAGACUGAGCAGGAAGGUGGGUCUGAGUGCAAACACGUCCCAGUUCACUCUGGAAGGAGAACCCUUCAGGAUCCUCGGGGGCUCCGUUCAUUAUUUCCGUGUGCCGAGGGCCUACUGGAGGGACCGGCUGAUGAAGAUGAAAGCCUGUGGGCUCAACACCCUCACCACGUUUGUGCCGUGGAGUCUGCACCAGCCAGAGAGAGGGGUCUUCAACUUCCACACUCAGCUGGAUUUAGAAGCAUUUAUCAAUCUUGCAGCUGAGCUGGGGCUUUGGGUGAUUUUGCGUCCAGGGCCUUACAUUUCCUCUGAGCUGGACCUCGGGGGACUGCCGAGCUGGCUCCUCAGAGACGGCAGCAUGAGACUGAGGACGACUCAUCCAGGGUUUACUGAUGCUGUCAACACCUUCUUUGACAAACUCAUACCAAAAGUUGUUCCACUGCAGUUUAAAAAAGGAGGCCCUAUCAUUGCAGUGCAGGUGGAAAACGAGUAUGGAUCCUAUGCAAAGGAUGAAGGCUACAUGAUUUUUAUCAAAGAGGCUUUACAGUCCAGAGGGAUCAGCGAGCUUUUGUUCACAUCAGACAACCACAAUACGUUAAAGUCAGGAGGUGUGGAUGGAGCUAUCAGAUCAUUGAAGCUGCAGAAACUGAAUCAGAGAGACAUCCAGGAUCUGACUGCUCUCCAGCCUAACAGCCCCACAGUGGUGAUGGACUACUGGACGGGUUGGUUUGAUGUGUGGGGUGAGCUCCACCAUGUGCUCCCUCCAGAGGAUAUGGUGUCCACAGUAAGAGAGAUCCUGAGGAGAGGCAUGUCUGUGAACCUCUACGUGUUCCAUGGAGGCUCCAGUUUUGGCUUUAUGAGUGGGGCGCUUGCUGAGCCUUCAUACAGAGCUCUGGUCCCCAGCUACGAUUAUGACGCUCCUUUGACUGAGGCUGGGGAGUACACACCAAAAUACCACCUCCUGAGGGAUUUACUCUCUCGAUACAGCAAGGGAGAAAGUUUCCCCGACAUGCCGGCCCUUCACUACAGGGAGUCUUACGAACCAGCCAUCAUGUACCAGCACCUUUCUUUAUGGGAUGCUCUGAGCUUCACUGAGGGACCGUAUAAGUCAGUCAUGCCCGUGAGCAUGGAGAAUCUACCUGUGAACAACAGGGAUGGGCAGUCUCAUGGAUACACGCUGUAUGAGACCGCCAUCACCAGCGGAGGACUGUUGAAGUCUGGAAACAACGUCAGAGACCGAGCCUUAGUGUUUGUUGACAGAAGCUACAUCGGCCUUUUCAAGCGUAAAAACCUGGAGCUGGCGGUUCCUGAUGGUAAGGGACGGCGUACUCUGAGUUUAUUGGUGGAGAACUGCGGGCGCGUUCAUCAGGGGAGAGACCUUGACAAACAACAUAAAGGCCUUGUGGGAGACGUUUUAUUAAACAAUAUCCCCUUGCGAGGUUUUACAAUCUACAGCCUGGAUAUGAAACCCAGCUUUAUUGAUAGUCUCUAUCAGGCACCUUGGAAGACGCUCCCUGAAAAUCCCAGCUUCCCCGGAUUUUUCAUGGGGAGGCUGUUUGCGUACGGAUAUCCAAGUGACACGUUUGUGAAACUUCCAGGCUGGGAGAAAGGUGUUGUGUUUAUUAAUGGGCUCAAUCUGGGGCGAUACUGGUCCAUCGGCCCUCAGCAGGCUCUCUACCUCCCUGGUCCCUUCCUCAAUAGUGGAAUAAAUCAGGUCAUCGUGUUUGAGGAGCAGGAGGGAGAUUACAAGGUUCACUUUGAGGACACGCCUGACCUUGGCAUGGCGGCAGACAUCCAGUGA